GCUCGCAGCUCAAGCACCGGCGGGCUACAGCGCUAGCUAGUAGCUAAAUUUGUGAAGAAGCAUGAGGCCGGGACUCAUGGUGGCAGUCGCCUGCUGCUUCCUGGUGGGGGUGGUCGCCGCGCCGUCGGCGGCGGCCCGCGACGGCGAGCUGAAGGUCGGCUACUACGACGGAAAGUGCAGGGGCGUCGAGGGCAUCGUCAGGCUGCACGUCGUCAGGGCUCUCGCGCAGGACCGCCGCACCGGCGCCGCCCUCCUCCGCCUCAUCUUCCAUGACUGCUUUGUCAGGGGGUGCGACGGUUCCGUCCUCCUUGACGCCUCCGACGAGAACCCUCGUCCGGAGAAGUCGGCGCCGGUGAACAUCGGGCUGUCCGCAUUCGACGUCCUGGAGGAGAUCAAGGCCGCUGUCGAGAAGAGGUGCCCCGGCGUGGUGUCCUGCGCCGACAUCCUCGUGUACGCCGCCCGCGACGCCGGCCGCAUCCUCAGCGACGGCCGCGUCGACUUCGACGUCCCGGCGGGUCGCCUCGACGGCCUCGUCUCCUCCGCCGACGAGGCGCAGGCGGAGAUCCCGGACCCCACCCUCACGCUUCAGCAGCUCAUCGACAACUUCGCCCGCAAGAACUUCACCGUCGAGGAGCUCGUCAUCCUGUCCGGCGCGCACUCCGUCGGCGACGGCCACUGCUCCUCGUUCGCCGCCCGCCUCGCCGCGCCGCCGGACCAGAUCGCUCCGGCGUACCGCGACUUGCUCAACUACAAGUGCUCCAGGGGCGCCGACCCCGAGGUGGCCAACAACGUGCGCGACGAGGACCUCGCCACCGUGGCGAGGUUCAUGCCGGCGUUCGCCGGCCGCGUGCGCGCCGUCAGCAGGCUGGACAACACCUACUACCUGAACAACCUCGACAAGGUCGUCAACUUCAACUCCGACUGGCAGCUGCUGACGGGAGACGAGGCGCGCGGCCACGUCCACGAGUACGCCGACAACGGAACCCUCUGGGACCACGACUUCGCCGACUCGCUGCUCAAGCUCAGCAAGCUGCCCAUGCCGGCGGGGAGCAAGGGAGAGAUCCGGAACGAGUGCAGUGUCGUCAACCGCCGCUAGUUUAAUUAGUACGAAGUACGUACUAAUUCGAUCGGACAGCACUUGCAGGUCUUAAUUACAUAAUAAUGCAUGCAAAAGACGAGGCACAGUGGACACUCGACAGAACCUAUGUUUGUGGUCAUGCCCUAUCUACGUUGUUACACACACUACUUCCUCGGUUCUAUAUAUUAUAAGAUGUCUUAGGUGCCCGCUUGUUUGG